AUGCAUAGAUCGAACACAAACGUUAAUACCAACUGCAAUAUAGAAAUGCGAUUACAAAUAUCGCAUCUACCUUGCGAUACUGCUAAGGAUAAUGGACAACAGAAUCACUUGAAUAGCGUAGAGGAAGCGUCCAAUACUACAAUAUUAAAAUCAAAGCAAGAACACAAAAGAUUACUUACUGAAACAGAAAACGACGAGGAUAAGCAACAUACCAAUGGGAUAGGUAAUUACUGUUGCACAUCUAGUGACGACAUAACAAUAAUUGGAGCCGUAUCCAUAAUUGUGAAUAUAUGCUUGGGUGCUGGUUUAUUAAACUUCCCUUCAACUUUUGGCUCAGUUGGUGGCAUUAUUGGCGGAAUCUUAAUACAAUUGGUCCUUAUCCCUUUUAUUAGCAGCACACAUCUAAUAUUGGCAUAUUGUGUAGAUAAAAAAAAGACAUCUUACUCAUACCAAAGUGCAGUCAGCUCUAUUUUGGGCACGAAAGUAAAGAUUAUCUCUGAAGUACUACUGAUUUUAUUCUCUUUAAGCACUUGCAUUACGUAUCUAGUUAUCAUUGGAGAUCAAUCCGAUGAGAGUAUUACUGGACAACAGCAUCAAUGGUAUACUAAUCGCAAAUUUGUUAUGAGUAUUACAUCGACUUUAUUUAUCUUGCCUUUAUCAUUGCUUAAGAAUAUUGGAAGUCUUCGAUACAGUAGCCGCAUUUCGAAUUGGUCUCAAAUUGCUAGUGCUUUCUCAACAAUUUGCUUCGGAUUUCACUGUCAUAUUUCCUCCAUUCCAUCCUAUGAGAAAUUAAGAGAUCGCUCUAUUAAGCGAUUUAAUUUAGUUAUUAUCAUAGCAAUGCUAGUUUGUAUUGUUGUAUAUAGCAUCACUGGAUCUUUUGGCUACAUGUCUUUCGGAAAUUCCGUCAACAGUGACAUUCUUUUAAAUUAUGGUUCAAGUAAUAUUCUGGUCACUAUUUCACGAAUCAUGAUCUCAAUCAAUAUGGUAACUUCAUAUCCUGUGCUACAUUUCUGUGCAAGACAGGUAGUCGAAGAAUUAUGGCUUAAUUUUAGAAACUUGAAUGAUGAAAGUGCCAAAAUUCACAAGAAAUCCCGUCUUAUUAUACAGACAUUAAGUUGGUUUGUGGUCACACUUAGUUUAUCGUUAUUCGUACCAAACGUUGGAGAUAUUAUCGCUUUAGCUGGAGGCUUUGCAGCACUCUUUAUAUUUGUUUUUCCAGGUUUCUGCUUAAUUGGGCUACGUUAUAACUUUAAUAGAAAAUAUCAUGUUGCAUGUAUUUGCUAUGGCUCGUUUCUAGCCAUAUUAGGGAUAUUUUUAUUUGGAAUGGCUACAACCAAGGCGAUUUAUGACUUCAGUUCAUAA